AUGGCGUACAACAUAGAAAGAACUCAUGGCAAGAUGGUGUUUCAGGAACUAAUUGUCCUAUCCCUGCUGGCUGGAACUGGACAUAUGAAUUUCAGGUUAAAGAUCAAUAGGGAGUUUCUUUUAUUUUCCUCGCUAAACUUCCAAAGAGCUGCAGGUGGGUAUGGAGGAAUCAUCAUAAACAACAGAGAUGUCAUACCAUUGCCCUUUGGAACUCCGGAUGGAGAUAUCACACUCUUUAUUAGUGACUGGUACACCAAGAGGCAUAAGGAACUGAGGAAAGAUGUUGAAAGUGGAAAAGACCUUGGACCUCCUGAUGGUAUCCUCUUCAAUGGACUUGGUCCUUAUCGUUAUGAUGAGAAGGUAGUUCCUGGUGGAAUAGUUUAUGAGAUGAUAAAUGUUGAACCAGGGAAAACAUACCGUUUCCGGGUUCACAAUAUCGGUAUCUCUACGAGUUUGAAUUUCAGAAUUCAGAGUCAUAACUUGCUUCUGGUUGAGACUGAAGGGUCAUACACAGUUCAGCAGAACUAUGCAAACAUGGAUAUUCAUGUGGGUCAGUCAUACUCAUUCUUGGUCACAAUGGAUCAGAAUGCUACCACUGAUUAUUACAUUGUUGCAAGUCCACGUUUUGUAAACUCAGCUGCUCGGGUCUUGACUUCAGGAGUUGCUAUCCUGCAUUACUCUAAUUCUCAGGGUCCUGCUUCAGGUCCUCUUCCAGAUCCACCUAUUGACUCUGACUCAUAUUUCUCAAUGAACCAAGCAAGGUCCAUAAGAUGGAAUGUGUCUGCUGGUGCUGCUCGUCCAAACCCACAGGGAUCCUUCAAAUAUGGUGAUAUUACAGUAAAUGAUGUGUAUGUGCUCCUCAAUAGACCUGUAGAACGUAUUGAUGGAAAAUGGCAUACCACACUCAAUGGGAUUUCUUAUUAUACACCUUCAACGCCUCUUAAGCUGGCACAGCAGUUUAACAUUCCAGGCAUGGAUUUUGGGGUGUGGACAGAGAACAGCAGAGUCACUUACAACAAAUGGGAUGGGGUUGCCCGGUCCACUACUCAGGUAUUUCCUGGAGCAUGGACUGCGAUUUUAGUCUACCUUGACAAUGCUGGAAUUUGGAACCUUCGCACAGAGAACCUGAACUCAUGGUAUCUGGGCCAAGAAGUUUACAUUAGUGUGGUAAAUCAUGAGACGGAUAACACUGAGUCAUUGUUGCCUGAAAAUGCUAUCUACUGUGGUGUGCUCUCUCUUUACAGAAGUAAGAUGUUGUCAUAG